CACGUUGCUUGUUGAAACCAAACGAGACCACUUGGCCGAUGUUUUGUUGUGACGGGUCAUCUGGCUAAUGUCAUUAUAAAAGUCGAGUACAUAAUAAUUUCUCGCCUCGCAGGUGGUGUUUGCAGACAUGUCCGGUUACACGUCGUACACCAAUGAUUGGGGUGACCCGCAGCAACCCCAGCAAAAUGCCUACAGCUUCGAUUUGUCAGGCGCCGACUUCGGCACCAACCCGCAGGAGCUGUCUUUCCAGUCGUUCGACCACACUCAGCAGCAGCAAAACUAUCAACAGGCGCAGCAACCUCCACAGUAUGCGUCCAACCCCUACCUGGACCCUACAGCAGCAGCCGCACCCUACACCGGCGAGAUUUUCACCCCAUCAAUUCCAGCUGGGCCGCAGGGUGGCUCGACAGACUUUGAAGACGAACCUCCCUUGCUUGAGGAGCUUGGCAUCAACCCUGACCACAUUAUACAGAAAACCCUGAGUGUAUUAAACCCUUUCCGAGCCACCGAGGCUUCGGUCUUGCAGGACACAGACAUGGCUGGUCCUCUGGUCUUCUGUCUUGCAUUGGGAAGCCUCCUGCUCCUUAUUGGAAAAGCCCACUUUGGAUACAUUUAUGGGAUUGGAAUCCUAGGAUGCUCAGCCAUGUACGUCCUCCUCACCCUGAUGACUGUAGAUGGCACAACUCCUGGAGCAGUUGUGUCUGUUCUUGGAUAUUGUCUCCUGCCGAUGGUUGGACUUGCGGGGAUCAACGUACUCAUGUCAUUGCAAGGAUUUGUGGGCACUGUGCUUGCAGGACUGACGAUUGGAUGGUGUUCACUGUCAGCUUCAAAGUUGUUUGUGGCAAUGCUUAAUAUGGAACACCAAUUGCUGUUGGUUGCAUAUCCAUGUGCGUUACUUUAUGGAGUCUUUGCACUUAUCACGAUAUUUUAAACUAACGUGUAGUCAUAAAUCUGUGUUAUCUUACUAAUAAAUUUUCCAAUGAACCUUCGUAAUUAUAGAA